CCACAACACACCAACACCAUGCCUUUCGCACAACUCAUAAUAGGACCCCCUGGGUCCGGGAAAUCCACGUACUGCAAUGGCAUGCAUCAGUUCAUGAGCGCUAUCGGCCGCAAGUGCUCUAUUGUCAACCUUGACCCCGCCAACGACCAAACAUCCUAUCCGGUUGCGCUCGAUGUAAGGGAUCUUGUGACGCUGGAAGAAAUCAUGGAGGCAGAGGAGCUUGGGCCGAACGGCGGCGUGUUAUAUGCUUUAGAAGAGCUCGAGCACAAUAUGGAGUGGCUGGAAGAGGGGUUGAAAGAACUCGGAGACGAUUACAUUCUCUUUGAUUGCCCCGGCCAGGUCGAGCUCUUCACACACCAUUCUUCCCUACGCAACGUCUUCUUCCGCCUCCAGAAACUUGGGUACAGACUCGUAGUUUUACAUCUUACCGACUCGUUCGCACUGUCCCAGCCAUCACUAUAUAUUUCCGCGCUGCUACUAGCGCUACGCAGCAUGCUGCAAAUGGAUUUACCGCACCUCAACGUCCUGACGAAGAUUGACAAUCUGCGCAACUACCCGGACCUUCCGUUCAACCUGGAUUAUUACACCGAAGUACAGGGUCUGGAGUACCUACUACCGCAUCUCGAAGCUGAACAAGGCAAUCGCUUUGGUGGAAAGCCGUCUCCACCUCCGAAGGAGGACGAAAACGAGGAAGACUAUGAUGAAGAUGAACCUCCGAAACCUAAGUCGAAGUUUUCUGCCCUUAACUCGGCUAUCUGCGAACUGAUCGAAAACUUUGGCCUUCUGUCCUUCCACACGCUCGCUGUGGAGGAUAAAACGUCUAUGAUAACACUCUUACAUGCCAUUGAUCGCGCCGGCGGCUACGCAUUCGGCGCCUCUGAAGGCGCAAACGACUCUGUCUGGCAGGUUGCAAUGCGAGAGGGCGGGGUUACAAUGGAGGCUCGAGACGUGCAAGAAAGAUGGCUCGAUAGGCGGGAAGAGUUCGAUGAAAUGGAACAGAAAGCUUGGAAGGCAGAGGCAGAGGCCGUGGUAGCCCCUCAGCCGAGUGCCCAACUUGCUACGCCUGCCACAGAGAGCACUAAUCAGAGCACUACAGAUGCUCCUCAGAAAGCAUUCGAGGAUAUGAGCUUGGAGGAGAUGGAGGCCUUGGGUGGGAAAAUCCCGUUCAAUGGCAAAGACAGUGGCAUCAAAGUUGUACGGAAGGGAUGAACGAUGAAAGACCAAAUUUCAGUUAGAAGCCUUCCGAACAGGAAAUGCCUUCAAAACUGAGAUGGACGCGACUCGCUCUCGUUAUAACUAAAUUGGCCCUUAUAGCACAUACAGCUAGACGGGCGGGCACCCAAUUCUACCGGAUUACACGGCCUAGGCCCGCAUCAGACUAAUGGGAAAAACCAGUGCCAAGUUCUUGAGGAACAUUAUUGAGAUGAAAGAUAACGGCAAAUUGCGGCCCAUUGCUAGCGAGCACUCUAGGCAAACGAAUAGAUGACGAGAAAAGGGCUAAGCAAGUUUGAUUCCCUAGAGUAAGAGAAAGAGAUUCUGAUGCUCGAGGAGAUGUUUGAGGG